UCACGUCCUCUUUCACCCCUCCCAGUCAAAAAGUGCCACAUGACCUGUCAAGUAGGAAGUGGAGAGCUAGCGAGCAGCAGCAGCAGCAACGACGACCAGAGACGCAAGACGGGGAGGAAGCUGUGAAAUCUUCGGAGUCUGAUUCUCGACGUUUGCCCCGCAGAUAACCUUUCCCUCGGUGGACUGACAGAGCAAUAACCCGGCCGCACUCAUGUACCUGAAGCUGGUGUUUUUCGCUGUAGUUGCGGCUCUGAUUGGCGCAUCAGCCGCAUCAGACUCAGAUGAAUGUGCCCCCCUGUCAUGCUGACACAUGUGCAACUACCAGUGACUGUCAUUGGGUCAACUGCACGACAUCAUCUGCUUCAGCUUCUGUUGUUGGCUGUCGCAACAUGACUCUAGUGUCACAAAAUGAGACCUGCAGCAACGCUACCUGCUCAGCUCAACCCCCAACAAGCUCUGCACCUGCGACUACUUCUCAUACUACUACAGCUCACUCUACCCCUGCUGUCACAACCACCUCUAGUACCAGCACUCAUUCCACCUCAGGAAAUGCUACCACCAUUGCCCCCACUUCUAGUACUAACAGCUCCACCUCUAUACCCUCAACUUCAUCUGGAACCAGCACAACUACCACACCGAUUGCCCCCACCGCUGCCCCUCACAAGAACGCAACCUUUGACGCUGCAAGCUUCAUUGGUGGAAUAGUGCUGGUCCUGGGCCUGCAGGCAGUGAUCUUCUUCCUCUACAAAUUCUGUAAGUCCAAGGACCGCAACUACCACACCCUUUGAAGUGGUGUCUCGGUCGGAGCUACAUCACCCGCCCCCCCCCGUCCCCCAACGGCUAGAACCUUCCAGAGAAGACUCCCCACUCAGCACGCACUCAUCACGACGAACUCAAACAGUGUUUUCAAGCAGGUUUUUUUUUUUUCUUCCUUUUUUUAAAUCUUUGAUGUGUGCGCCACUUGUGGUUUUGGCCCUGCAUUAGUGCUGCUGUUGUAGUCUAUAUUAAUGCACCCAUGCAUGCCUGUACGUAUUAUCAUUCACAUCGCACCAACUUGUACAACUAAACAGAUCUCUAGCGAUACGGCAUUUAAGCCCUGAGCAUAUGAAUUACAUCAUCCGGUAGCUACUCCCACCUCCAUCAUGCCGUUAGUCAUCCUGCAAAGACCAUUUUCCAGCGAAUUGAGGAGGCUGGUGUUAUGUACACCCUCUCUCCUCACCACAUGGGAGUCAAAGAAUUAGUCAUGUACACAGAGUAGCUUUCCUGUUGAUGCUUGGGAGUAGUACAGCUGCAAAGUGGUAGCAUUUACAGCGUGUGUUUUUUUUAAACUCUUGAUUUGGAAACACUGCUUGAGUUCACUAUUCAACUAUUCUUAAAUGUGACAGUUGUGAUGAUUCAGUAUUGCUUUUAUCCUGUUGAAUUGUUGGCAGGUUCCCUCUUGCUCCACGCAGCUGUAUAUGUGAAAGAUGAUGUGAAAGAGGUGGGGUUACUGAUGAGGGAAUAAAAGCAACACCCAAUCAUCUCAUGUCAGACGGGAAAAAAAAAAAAAAAGAAAUCCUUCCGGUAAACGGUCUUAUUUUGAUGGGUGUCUCCCUUGGCAUUUAGGAGUGCGGUGCACUUUUCUGCUGUUGAAUUCCCUGGGGAAAAUCUUUCACCCAAAUAUGAGUUGUUAAAAAAAAUGUCAAACACCAACUGCCAGUGGAGCAGCUCAAUGCAAUAAAUCACGUAUCAAGUCCAUUUCCCAACCAUUAAUCUCCCAAACCGUUGUUUCUGAUCUUUACUGACAUCAAACCUUACUCACGCGGAUCGCUGACGUGGAGCUGUCCCCUCCUUUCUGUGGAGUAGUCGAAAAGGGUGAAGAUGAUUGUAGAAUACUUCAGAAAUAUGAAUAAUUCAUCUGUUUAAAUAAUGUAUUAAAAUAGAGAAUGGGGAGACAAAGAUAAUGGCAUGCACCUUUUCUUGAUGUGGACAGUGAUAGCAGUGAAGUGCCUUUAAUGUCCAGUGUGACUUAAAAGAGAGAAAUGGAAGAGGGUGAGUCUCUUCUUCUUGGUUGAGGCCCUGAGUGUUGUCAUUAGUUUAUGUUUGUGAGAGAGAGAAACUGUAUCGCGGUGCUGAUAUUUGUGAGACCUGUAGUGUCCCAGCUGGACUGAAGAGCCUUUUAUCGUUGAAGAAUACAGUAGAUAGUCGUCACUCGAGGGCCUUGAUCAGUCAAGAUUGUAGUUUUUCCCUGUAAGCAGAGGACUGUGUUCAGUGCAUGAAACCUAUGGUCUUCUCACUGGUGCCCUUGCAUAGAUAGAUCAUUUAAAGGUACUCUCCUUUUUGUAGCUCCCAGUACUGCUCCCAAAUGUCCUCCCGUCUCACUAUUUAUGAUUCAGAACUCAGUUGUAAAUUGUGUUUAAUUUCAAGAUAUGAACAAUGAGCUGGGAGGAAAUUUCAAACAGCUGCCAGGUGUUAUAAAUCUGGGAGUGUGCCUUUAAAGAAAUGGCAAACACAUUGGGCUUAACUUAAAAACUUGAGUACUGGAGAGGUAAAAAUGUUGGGCUGUGAGCACUGGUUUGGUCAAAUGAUUUGUGAAUGGAGUGCAGAAUUGCAACAACCUAGUGGCCAUCCUGGAGCUCAUGUCAAGUUCUCUAACUAGCUUGCUGCUAACUGUGUGAUUUUCUUUUUUUUCAUUUUGUCUCUCCUGUACAUAGCCACGUCCUGUUUUUGUUUAUCUUCUCGGCUUCAAUUUGAGGAAAGGCUAAAAUGAAGGAGUGUUUAUCAGAACAUUUUUGCUCGUAGCAGCUUGUCAGUGUCAAGAAUGUUUUCUUUAAAUGCCUUUUUGUUUUCAUUAGUGCAUGCUGGAUGCUUGGAGUUGUGAUUUUUCCUCCCAUUGCAUAUGCUCUUAAGGGUUUAGACACUUAAAAACCACUUGAUUAUUUGUGAUUAGUCCAUAUGCUUGUUGAAAGAAUGCCUUGAAACAGUGUGCAUUAAGCCAAAGUCCUCAGUUUUUGGCAUGGAAAUUGAGCAUUGCACUGACAAGCUUUGUUUUGUAACUUUGUCUUUGUAAAUGUUUUCAUGGUUCAGCCAAAAAAUAACAAAAGAAAAAAAAACCUGAUGCUUGUAUAAAUACUCAGUCUUGAAUAUUAACUAGAUAAUGGAUGAAUAAUCACCUUGUUUUGUAUGACCACAAACAGUUAGAAAUUCAUGAGUGCAGAUGUUUUUUUUUUUUUUCCUGUUUGUUUUGGCUUGUGUAAUUUAGGGUUAGAUGUUUUCUGCUGCUCACCAUCAACACGCCUUUUAACCUACAGUCACCUGGUGGCAUUAGGCUACAGCCCAAAGACCCAAGUAUGGCGAGUAGGCUACAGAGUUUUGCCUUAGCUGCACCCGUUUGUUCAUUCUCUGCAUGAGGAGUCCCAUCACCCCAAAUUUAAAGACGGAUUUGAGUUUCAUCCGCAGCUGUUGAGCUGGUAUGCUGUGUCCACACUGAAUCCAGUCAGAGCGCUUCUCUGCUUCUCGACAUGGCGGCUGCAUUCCUUGACAACACAGCAUCACAUGUUGACGUCGUAGUGUGUCAAAACACUUCUUGGUUAUCCAUGGAUACCACUAGCUGUCCAUUGUGUCCCUACAAGUUACUCAGUCCCUGCACCUCUUAAGGAAAAGUGCCUUAUUCAGUUAAUAUCCAUAUAUAGUUGUAGUUUGUAAGAUGAUAUGACACACCUAUUAAAUAUCAAUGGGACUCAGCACUUUCAGACCCCUGUGAAGUGUUUUUUUUUCUGUGUUGUAAUCUGCUUAAAUGUCUGUUUUUGUCACGCUCAGCCUUAACUCCUUGAUCAAAUCCACAGAGCAUUUGCUACUGACAAGCUGUCUGGGCAAAUAUCAGACUGUUUUUAUUUUGAAAAGUGAAAAUUAGUAUUUCAACCGCAUUUAAAUACCUACAUUCUGACCAACAGAAUCAUAGGUGUUGUGUGUAAUGCUGCUAAAUUGAUAUAACCAGCCAUUGUUGGCGUAGGUUUUCAACUAAGCAAGGCCUGGUUGUAGCUCGGACAGCUCGUCACUAGCUCAUUGUGAUAAAAUAACUCACUGGUAAUGUUGUAACCACAGCCACAGACCUCUAGUGUACUGCAACAUUUCCUCCAUAAUGCAAACAGUCACAUGAUAACUUGAACUCCGCUUUGGUUGUAAUUUUCAAUUGUUGCAUUGAAUGACAUGGUUUUUCUCUCCUGUAGGAUUUUAAAUUUAAAAAAAUCCAUAUUUGCUUGGUCAUGGAGGGCUCUCCUAUCAGUUUUCAGCCUUGCAGUGUUCAGUUCCAAGAGCGAUGAGUAAAAAGCUUUUUGAUUCCCUCCUCUGCCUUGUGGCUUUAUUGCUAUGAGCACACACUGUAGUGCCAUACUUUUUUUUUACCUUUCUUUUCUUACCAGUUGUGUUACAGACCAUCAGUCUUGUAGGUACGAGUCUUUGGCUUUGCUCACACCCCACUUUAACACACACACACACACACACACACACACACAGUCAUAUGUAGACACUCACAGGUGCCACAAUGCCUCCAGAAAUGUUUUGUGCUUAUUUUGUGCCCCCCAUUUUUUUCAAACCUUUUAUUUUAUUUCAUUUUGCCUUGUUUUCUAGUGUUGCCUUUAGUUUCACAAUGUUAAAUCAAUAAAGUUUGAAUAUUGUUAAACAAA